GUAAUCCUAUUGCAUUAUGUUGUUCCACUAGCACUUAGUAUAAGGAUCUAUAAAACCUCAACAUAUGCAUGCUAUUACAUUAAACCUAGCUCAAUUACAAAAUGUUCCCAUCAGAGAGCUAGUUAUGCUGGGUUGAGGGUAGCCUGGACUUUGGAACCAUGUUCAAAGCCUUGAUUUAAGGGCAAUCUAAACCAGAACCUCCGACACAGAUUAAUUUGUUAUACGUAGUGCAUCAAAAUAACACCAUUUCCCUCUUGGAGUGAAUUCACCUCACACAUACACACACACGGGCACACCUAUUUAAUAUAUAUAUUUAUACUAACAUGCAUUAUACUUGAACUAUUGACUGACCUCAGGCUGUUAAUGGCACACCUGUCUGUAUUCAAGUCUAGUAAAGCUUUUGCUUUUGGUGCCCUUAAAAAUGAUCGAUUGAGAUAAAGCUGGGGAAGCUAUUGUGCUUCUAAGAGAAUGAGUAUUUUACUUGUGAAUCCUUAUUCCAAAUAUGAAUUACUGCAACUAACUAUAUAUUAUUGCUCAUAUAGAUACUUGAUGCAUGAGUGUUGGUGGUUUUAAAUGUACUAUGAUAAAAUGUCGUUGGAAUGAAAUUAUGAGUGAGGUUGGAAAGAAGUGACAUCAUAGUAGGAGAAGACAUGCUGAUGGGAAUAUAGUGGUGAUCUCUUAGAUUAUGUUAAAUGAAAGAAGAAAGGAGAAGAGGAAGGGUAUGCUUAGCUGGGAAAGGAAGAGCCAUUAGAGAGCUCGGAUGCUGUUGACUCUUUGAGACAAUAAAACAGGAAUCUAAAAGUUCUUACAUCGAUGGUAAACAUGAAUUCUCUUCUUUUUUUAAUACAUGCAAUUUCAUCGCUGAGAAUAUUCAAUGAGCACCGAGUAUUAAUUUGUGAAAUAUUGGAAAAUUACUUUUGAGUAAUAUUUGGAAAAUAUUGCACGCUGAUGAAUCAGUUUCCAAUGGUUUAUCAACUAAUCGCAAGCAGUUGUAUCAACAGAUGCAGGGAUAUGCUUUUGAGGAAUAGUUAUACCAUGAUUACAUUAUUCCACUUGUGUUACUAAAUAAAGUAGCUGUGAAAGAUCUUAAAUUUACUUGUGUGAUCAAAAUAUUGUCUCACUGUUUGUUUGUUUUUUUUUCCUUUUCUUCUGUGAGUAAGAUUGUCUCACUCUGCUUGUAUGUGAGCAUUAUGUUUGUAUGUGAGCAUUAUAAUUAGGUUUCAACUUAUAUUAUUCUCUAGGAAACUUUGUCCCAUUUUCUAGGAAAUUUUGUCCCAUUUUCUAACUGUAAAAACAACAUUUUCUCUGGUCAUUGCGGAGCAGCUUGACAUUUGGUAGGAACUGGGAAAGGAUGACUUAUAUAAUUAUUAAAUCUAUAUGAGCUUUAAUAGGCCCUAGUUGCUUAUGUGAACAAAGUUGGAGAGGUUAUUUUCUCACUUGCUUUAUACCUAGGUCUGCAGUGAAUAGUUAGUUGAAUGGGCAUGAACAAUUGUUCAAAGUUUAAGUAAGCAUCAUCUAUGGUCAACCUUAUGUGGAGUUUUGCUAGGGCACAUACUAAUGGAAGGGACAAAAACAAAGCACACAACCAGGUACAGUGGCUGCAAAUUGAAGAAAUGUGGUGGCAUGAGUUGACGAUGUUCACGGGUGUAGGCUUGCAAACUAUCCAUGCAAGGGUGUUUGUUGCAACCGAGUGGUGUUGGCAUCAGCAAUGGAAGAUAUUUGAUGUUGAUGAAAAUCCAUUAAUGUUACUGGUUUUAGGGUGGCAUGGGUUGGACGCUGACAAGCUUGGAUUGCCAGAAGGAAGCAUGAAGCCAGGCUUGGGUUAAGAUUUUAAGUUCUAAAAGUUAUGAUUCUCCUUAUAUAUAUCAUCCAAGCUCCUUUUUUCUUUCAAUUUUUUUUUUUUUUUUUUUUUUUCCUUAGUGGUAAUAUUUGAUCUAUAUCCUCCAAUUAUGUGUCACUUUGCUUAGUAAGAAAGCAACAUAUCAUUGUAACAACUUUCUCGCCUGCCUAUUUGCAGUGGAGACACGCAACUAUCGAGCAGGAUGCAAGUAGAAUGAGGUGUUAGUCUUCCAGAUUGAUGGCGACUUCUUUCGAGAUGCAUGGUAAGAGUAGAAUGGGUUUUAUAAUCUUCCAAAUUGAUGUAGAGAUUGUAGAGUAUUAUUCGGAGAGUUUGGAUGAUGCAUGGUAAGAGUAGAAUGGGGGUUUUAGAGUCUUCACGUUGAUGUGGAAAUUGUAGAAUAUUGUUAGGAAAGUUUGAAGAUUUUAAAAUGUUGGAGUGAUUGUAGAUAAUUGUAGAGGGUAGAGACAAUUCUGGAAAGAUUAGAAAGUUUCAUAGGGUUAUGAAUAUGUGGAGAGUUCAGAGCUAGGAUGAGUAGAAAUAGGAUUAGAGCUUUAUUUGUAGACAAGAAACUUCAUGGCAAGAGUGAGAAGCUACAAAGAAGAAAUAGAAGUGGGACAAGUUAAGAUGGUACCAAAUUCUUUAUCAUAUAUCAUGGAGAGGGAAGGAAGAACGAGCCUGUUAGCCAAUUAAUUUUCUAUACUGAUGACUGGAGGAAAGAAAAUAGGUUCUCUAAAAUCACUUACUCCAAAAAAAAAUUCACAUAAGUAUAAUACAUCUCGAAAACGUUUUUGGACACUUAAUAUCAUCAAAACGAAGAAAAAAUUAUAAUAAAAUAUAUAUAACCAUUCAAAUGAUUUUUAAUUUAAAAUAUAUUUGUUAAUGGAUAGAUCAUACUUAUCACUUCUGUUCUAAUUGGAAUUUGAAUUUUGAAUUAUGAAUAUUUUUCAGAUGUAAAAGAUAUAUAAACAAAUACAAAACCAGCGUUAGAAGAUAAAAUAAAAAAGAAAGAAAAAAAUAGUAAACACUAUACACUAAACAGAAGUAUAUAUAUAUAUAUAUAUAUAUAUAUAUAUAUAUAUUAAAAUGACCCGAAAGUCAAUGACCUCCAUUUCUCCACUGUUCCUCGUAACCUCCUAUGCUCAAUCGUCCAAUCAAAAUUCACGGUAUUGGAAAACUCAUGAGCUUCUCUUCAUCUUUUUUCACAACACCACAUGCCCACAACUUUAAUUUCCAAAACUUCUCACUCCUUCACACACUUGAAUCCUGCAAAUCUAUACGACAACUCAAGCAAAUUCACUCUCAGAUCAUCAAGACAAGCCCAAAUCUGCUAACCCAAUUCAUAUAUUCCAAAAUCUUAUCUAUAUGUUCUGUAUCUCCCGAUACAGACCUCAGUUACGCCCACUCCAUAUUCGCACAAUUGUCUCACCCAAACAUUACUUCAUACAACGCCAUUAUUCGAUGCUUUUCUGGUACCAAAAAUGACACUAACCCUUUAAAUGUAUUGUUGCUUUAUCGUGAAUUGCUCACAAAAGGCUUGGUUCCUGAUAACUACACAUACCCUUUUCUUCUCAAGGCGUGUGCUCAAUCUCGAGCGCUGAGACUAGGCAAAUUGGUUCAUGCUCAUGCAAUCAAGAAUGGGUUGGUGUUAGAUGUAUAUGUGAUGAACACAUUGAUGAGGUUGUAUGCAGUUUGUGGGAUUAUCGGAGGUGUCCAAAAGGUGUUCGAUGAAAGUUCUCAACGGGAUUUGGUUUCGUGGACGACAUUGAUUCAAGGGUACGUCAAAAUGGGGUUUUGGAAGGAAGGUAUAAGGGUGUUUUUGGAAAUGUGUGAAGUGAAACUUAGAGCAGACGAAAUGACGAUGGUGAUUGUGCUCUCUGCGUGUGCCAAUAUAGGAGAUUUGAGUUUGGGGAGGAAGAUACAUAGUUAUAUUCAUGAUAAUAAUGUGAAAUUGGAUGUUUACAUCGGAAAUGCAUUGGUUGAUAUGUACUUGAAAUGUGGGGAUGUUGGUUUUGCUCGAAAGGUUUUUAAUGAGAUGCCUUUGAAAAAUGUGGUGUCUUGGAAUUCAAUGAUAUCUGGGCUAGCACAACAAGGGGAGUUCAAGGAAGCUUUGGAUGUUUUUCGGAAGAUGCAAAGUAGAGGUGUCAAACCGGAUGAUGUCACCUUAGUUGCCGUUCUCAACUCUUGUGCAAAUCUUGGAUUGCUUGAGUUGGGCAAGUGGAUUCAUACAUAUGUGGAUAAAAAUAGGAUCAAAGCUGAUGGUUUUAUAGGGAAUGCACUUGUAGAUAUGUAUGCAAAGUGUGGAAGCAUAGAUGAAGCCUUUAGAGUAUUUGAAGGCAUGAAAUGCAGGGACGUGUAUACGUAUACAGCCAUGAUUGUUGGGUUAGCCAUGCACGGGCAAGGAAAGAGGGCAUUGGAUCUCUUCUUUGAGAUGCCCAAAGUUGGAGUAGAACCAGAUGGGGUGACGUUUGUUGGUGUCCUCACGGCAUGUAGUCACGAAGGACUUGCGGAGGAAGGUUAUGAGCAUUUUGAGGAUAUGACGAGGGUGUACAACCUUGAACCUCAAACAGAGCACUAUGGCUGCAUGGUUGACCUUCUUGGUCGUGCAGGGUUGAUAAGUGAGGCAGAGGAGUUCAUUGCAAACAUGCCAAUUGAGCCCGAUGCCUUUGUCUGGGGAGCAUUACUGGGAGCUUGCCGGAUCCAUGGAAAAGUUGAGCUCGCAGAAAGUGUAAUGGAAAAUCUUGUAAAGGUAGAGCCUGAAAAAGAUGGUGCGUAUAUACUCAUGUCAAACAUAUAUUCAUCUGCAAAUAGAUGGAGAGAUGCGUUAAAAUUGAGAAAGGCAAUGAAAGGAAGGAACAUGAAGAAGACUCCUGGCUGUAGCUCAAUUGAAGUGAAUGGUAAGGUUCACGAAUUUCGGAAGGGUGACAAAGCACACCCAAAAGCCGAAGAGAUAUACAUUUUGCUAGAUGAAAUGAGGAGUCAUUUGAAGGAUGGUGGGCACUUGACACUUAGUGAUUGAGGAACAUAAGGUGAGUUUGAUAAUUGCCCUCAGCUUGCUGUGUUUUUUCACCAUUGAAUGAGGAAGCCAUAACCAGAAAACUUGGUGAUUCAUCGCAUCGAAUGGAAGGUAGGGAAUCACAAUUCCUUGACCAUCAUGAGGAAACAAAGAUCAGCAAAGGUGCAAAAUUUGGCUAUGAGCUCCAAAGGAAUUCCUUGAUGAUUCAUAAGAAUAACCAUUUAUUUAUAUGUUAUUCGAACACUAAUAUUUGUUUAUUUAUCAAGCCCAAGAUCAUGGCUCGAACAAUUUACUAAAUUUUGAAGGUAAAUCAUGCAAUACCACUUUAUUAUUUGUAUAACAUAAUUUUUAUACUGGAGUAAUUUAAAGGAUAUUUAGCCAUUGUGAAACUUUUUGAUAAAGUUCCUUUUCUAUAUAGUUGUGUUGCGGGAAUUUCCGUUUUUUCUG